CACCGAACUUUCUUUCCCUCCGCACUUCUUUUCCAGUACCAGUUGUGUCACCCCUCUCGCUCGCACUUGCUUUUGAAAUCUCCUGCGAGUGAUUUGUUAUCUGCGUGUUACCGGUGCUUCCUCUCGCAAUUCAACUGUUCUGCUAGCUCGCUCAUAUAGUAUUCGAAAGUUGGAGCACGCAACGAAUACGUUAGCAAGCCAUAGCAACCGUUGGACUUAUACAAUUCCUAAUCGACUGAUACCGGACUCUAUACGGCGAAGGCCACUGCACUCACUCGUAUAGUUGUCACGGCCGGCAAGGCUCCGUUGAGUGUUGCCAGCGCUUAAAUUCGCUUCAAAUAUUAGGUGUUCUACCUUCAAUGCAGAUCGCGCUGUUCUGCUAGUCUAUAAAGAAAAACAUGGCUCCGUCUGGCUUAGGUCGUGGCGCGGCCGACCCGGAACUACUAUACACAAAACAAAAUUGCAUUGGAGGGGGAAGCUUUGGAAAAGUAUACAAAGGUUUAGACAAGCGAACAGGACAAUCCGUGGCCAUCAAAAUCAUCGACGUCGAAAGCGCAGAAGAUGAAGUCGAGGACAUAAUUCAGGAAAUUGCAAUCCUUUCCGAACUCAAUUCGCCCUAUGUGACAAAAUAUCACGGUUCCUAUCUCAAGGGAUCCGACCUUUGGAUAAUAAUGGAAUUUUGCUCUGGUGGAAGCUGUGGUGACUUGAUGAAGCCAGGACUGAUACCCGAGGAUUAUAUCGCAAUUAUUCUCCGGGAGCUGCUCAUGGGUCUCGAAUACCUUCACGGCGACAAUAAGCUCCACAGGGAUAUUAAGGCUGCGAAUGUCCUUCUCGGCGCCAAUGGACAGGUCAAACUCGCUGAUUUCGGAGUAUCUGGACAGCUAUCCGCGACAAUGACGAAAAAGAAUACAUUCGUCGGCACCCCAUUUUGGAUGGCACCGGAAGUGAUAAAGCAAUCUGGAUACGAUCAUAAAGCCGACAUCUGGUCAUUAGGUAUUACCGCCUUGGAGCUUGCCAAAGGAGAACCGCCUUACUCGGAUAUCCACCCGAUGAAGGUGUUAUUUCUUAUUCCGAAAAACCCUCCACCGACUCUGGAAGGAACCUUUAGUAGGACAUUCAAAGAGUUUGUUGAACUCUGCCUCAAGCGUGACCCGAAAGAACGGCCGUCAGCACGAGAGCUGCUCAAGCAUCCAUUCAUUCGCAAGGGAAAGAAAACCACCUAUCUGACCGAACUGAUCGAGCGGCACGAACGGUGGCAGGCAACACAUGGAAAUCGUGAAGCGGAAGAAGAUGAAGAUGAAGAGCGCUUUGAACGAGAAAGCAGCACUCCCGAGAGUGAUGAUCUUUGGGACUUUGGCACUAUCCGGCCAUCUGGUGGCCGGGGACCCGGCCUCAAGGCCAUGAAUGACUCUGCCGCCAACUCUAGGUCCCAGCUUCAAGAGGAUGUCACUCGUAAUUUUGCGUACCAGCCUAGGAGAAGCGUGGACUCUGAAAAUGACAUUGAAUACGAUCAACUGGGUACCAUCAAGGCGGCUAGCUCACCGGUAGAAUCCCCGCCAAGAGAAAGUUCGCCGCAAAGGAGACCUUCUGGCCCGACUCAGGCGCCUUACUCACCCAGUGUCGCGGCAAAAAUACCUCUGCCGCCAUCUCCAGUGAAGUCGCAAGCCCCAGGACCAGCGCUACGGCACGCUCCACCGCCACCAGUCACAAACGCUUUACCCCCACAAACACAAUUUGGCGCUCUCUUCCCCAACAAGGAUCCAUUUGGAAAUUCCUUGCUCAAAGAUAUGAGCGCCUUUGGUCUCAAGGAGAAUGACACUCCGCUUUCCAGGCCUGGAUCUAAUUUGCAACCUCGACAAGAAGCUCCACCAACGCCACCACGACACUCACAACCUCCUUCGUAUAGUCCAUCGCGUCAAUCUGCUACAGGGUCGUCAGCUCCCGCAUUGCAGCCCAUACCCCCCUUUAAGGGACCUUCAAGGCUUGAUCCGUUCCAAAAGCCUCAAAACCCUGUCACAGCCCCAUCCAUAAAGCCACCAGCUCAACAGCCAUUACCACGGAUAAUGCAGCAACCACUCCCUUCUUUUGGCGGUACAUCUCAAGUAUCCCAAGGACAACACUCUUUGCAGCAAUUUGCGCCAAACGAUCAUCAUCUAUUGUCCCCAUCCAGGUCUUCUACGGCAGUCUCUCGUGCACCCGGCAAUGCUCCAGCUCCGCCUAAUCCGACUGCGGAGUUGACAGCGUUUAAUGGAGUCAUUCUGCCUGCUCUUGAAGCUGCAUUGCAGCGUCGCACUUUCAAUAUCAACAAUUUAGGCCGAGCUGAUAAUCCAGAUGCAUCGAAUUUGCAGGCUCAGCAACAAAGACAGCGUGCGCAUGAGAAGAUCAAGAAGCUUGUGAUCAAGGCAGUUGGUAUCUUUGCAGAGAUUGAAGAAUGGGAUAGUCAUGAACCGGUUGGGAUGGGAGGUGAGGUAAAUGCCUUCUUGGAAGGAUUCUUAGAGGAAAUAUUGGUGCGCGUGGAGGCUGAAGACGAAGAGCCAGUGCAAACAUUGAGGUAACACGUCCAGAACUCCGUGUCUGGGCUUCAACAAAAACGGUGCAUUACCACCAGUAUCACGGCACUCAAUUACAUUCAGUCUUGCACCCCAUCGAUGACCCAUCUGGUCGUCUUUUUUACACUAUCGAUUUUGAGAGGAUGGCAUGGCGUUUUCUUUCUCUUUUUUGUUAUGAAUUGGGAUAAACGAAUGUACGAUAAGAUAAGUACUAGCAUGAUUACGAGGAACCGGU